AUGUGGUGCUGGUAAAUCCACCUUCAUUAAUGCCGUCAGAGGUUUGAGUGAGAAAGAUGAGGGAGCCGCUCCUACCGGCUCUGUAGAAACCACCAUGGAGGUUACAGAAUACAAGCAUUCACACUACCCCAAUGUUACUUUCUCGGAUCUUCCUGGAAUCGGCAUCACCAAGUUUCCAGCUGAUAAGUACCUGGAGCAUGUUGGAUUUGAGAAGUUUGAUUUCUUCAUCAUAGUCUCAGACACUCGCUUCAGAGAAAAUGAUGUGAAACUCGCUCAGAAGAUUCAGAAGAUGAAGAAAAAGUUCUACUUUGUUCGCUCAAAGAUUGACAACGAUAUAAAUGCAGAGAAAAGAAAGAGAGACUUCGAUCCAGAGAUGGCUCUCAACAGAAACUUCAGUACAGAGGGGACUCUUACAACAAUCAGGAAUCACUCCACCAAAAGUCUUAAAGAACUGGGCGUCCAGUCUCUACAGGUCUUCCUGGUGUCCAGCUUUGAUCUCCAACUGUACGACUUCCCUCUCUUAAUUAAGACCUUAAAUGAUGACCUUCCUGAACUAAAGAGAGAUGCUCUGCUGUUUGCCAUGCCCAACAUCAACCUGGAGAUCAUCAACAAGAAGAAAGAAGCUCUUCAGUCAAAAAUAAAAUACUACGCCACUGUAUCUGCAGCUGUAGCAGGUGUUCCAGUUCCUGGGCUGUCGAUAACCAUUGAUGUAAGCUUGAUUAUUAAAGUUGUCAGAGAUUAUGUGGCUGCAUUUGGACUUGAUGAGUCCUCUCUUAUGAUAUCUGCCACUAACACAGGUGUGCCAUACACUGAUCUGUUUGCUGUCAUUAAGUCAAAACUAGCUGCAGUACAAAUAACCAAAGAGCUCAUUCUGGAGUUGUUUUGCACAUUUGCAGACAUAGCUGCAUUAAUGGUGGCAGAGGAGGCAUCCAGAUGGAUUUCUAUAUUUGGUAUUGUACCAGCAAUGUGCUUCUCAUUUACAGCAACCUACAAAGUUCUGAAUUAUUUCCUUGAUGCACUUGCUGAGGAUGCUGUAAGGGUUUUUGAAAUGUUUUUGAAAAAGGUUUCAGCAGUGCGAGACUGAGAUUAACAAAAAGCACCACUGAACAACAAAGGAAAUCAUUCCUGCCUGUGUCCAUCUCCCUGUACAACUCAUCCACCUAACACACUGUAAACUGCUAUUGCUACACCUUUUUUGCAUAUGCUCUGCUUUCUUAUUCAGACAUGUAUUAGUAAGUGAUUACAUAUAUAUUUGUCAUGGUCCUGAGUCUGCCGACUCAGUCUUUUGCGUUUCUUUAUGCUUUUGCUUAUUCUGAGUAUGUAUUCUGUUAUGAUUUGCCAUCUGUUAGGUUUUUGUUUUGUGCCUGCCCUGGCCCACUUCUGUGUUCUGUCUGUCUAUGGUGUCACGCACACUGUCUGCUUGUGAAGCUGUCUGUCUAGUUCAGUGUCUUGUCUGGUUCUCUGUGUCUGAGUUUCCUGGUUUAUUCUGAAGGUCCCCGUCUCAUGUGAGUGUGUUCAGUUUAUGUUUCCCCUGUCCCGUCAGCUCUGAUUUCUCCCAGGUGUGUUGCCCUCCUGUCUCUCAUCCCCUGAUUACUGCUGUGUGUAUUUAAGCCCUGUGUGUUCUCCUGCCUGUUGCCGGUUCGUCUGCGUUAUAUGGUGUUUUCUGGUCAGCGUUAGCUCCCUCCGUUAGUGAUGGCCAAAUGAAGCUUUCUGAAGCACUGAAGCUUGUAUUGAAAAACGGUUCAUUACUCGAAGCUUUUCAACACAGUCCUCUCUGGUGACAUCUUGUGGCCAAAAAUAUGAAGUGCAGCUUGAAUCCACAAAAUAAAACCAAUUGCUUCAUUAUGACUGCCCACUCUACAGAGUGGAACUCUGUCUGAUAUUGGGCCGCCGUUGUGUUGCUUUAAACGUGUAUUUUUUGGGGUGAAACAAAUGU